AUGGCGACUCCAACAGCGAUGAAGCACGCACCUUCACAGCAGGGUAGGACUCCCUCGCAGUCUCAUGGUGCGGCUGCCACACCUCCGGUCUCGACUCCCUUCAGCACAUCCCACGCGCACGCAGCCUUCUCCCCGCUCGGUCCCCGAUCCUCGCCACAGCAGUUUAAGAAAUCGCCAGGAAACUCGGCGACACUCAUGGGGCACUCCGCAAGCAGCACGGGCAUUCCUGGUGGAGCUGGAGGAGGUGGUGGUGGCAGCAGUGUGCCCGUGACCUACGACAGCCCGGCAGCAGCAGCUAUGGGGGCCCUGGGCAUCAAUGGUGGCCUAGACCUCGGUGCACUCGAUCACGUCAGUGUCAGUGGGCUCGGCGGCCUUGGGUCGAUUGGGCGCAGCGAUGAGGAGGAGCGGGAAAAGCGGCUACAAACGGUGUUGACAAUACUAAAGCGCAGCUCUGGCCGGGUCAGUGAGGCCGGUCUCGAGCGCCUCGCAAAGUCCAUGGGACUGGAGUGCUUGUGGGAAGAAGGCAUGGGCGGAAACAAGGCGCGGACGCUCAUCAUCGCCGGCUCUGCCCUGGCGUUGGAAAUUGUCGUCCUCAACAACAUUGUCGAGUCGGUCUCUGUCACGUUUCCGGAGUCACAAAAUAUCAUUUUGCGUCACGUUGAGCGAGCUAACCAGAUCCUGUUCGAUGACCUGAAACUCCUCCCUGGCGAGAGCCCCCUGACAAAGAAACUGGACGCAUUUUCUGCCCAUCUAGAGCAGCUGGCCACGCUGGACAAACUCAGUGCGGAACCGGGACUGAACUUGUACGAGGCCGUUGCCGGCGUCUAUGAGACGUUGGAUCGGCUCUUCAGGUGGGAUCUACAGAAGCUGUGCGAAGAACCGGGUCAGAGCGGCAAGCCAAAGGAUACCUUGGAACUGACAGCACAGUGCUCGAGGCAUGGACGGCCCGCAAUGCACGAGAGUGGGCGCCUGGGCUUGAGCCUGUUGUACUGGAAGGAAAUGCGGCUGGUGCCGCCAAGGCAGCCCGACACGGCCGCGUAUGCCAAGACCAAGGAGAAGACAUGGGCUAUCCUUGUGGGAUGUUCGGCAAUGGGUGCGCAGGUGUUCCAGCCAGUCCGCGUGUCGGACAAGUGGCUGUCGGAUGCCAUUGAGAAAGAUGGGGGGAUGUUUGGCGGAGACAGAACGCAGCCCAUGCUGGACUGGCUGGAGCCCGAGAACACCAUUCUCUCGUCGGCACAACCAGGCGGCGAGUCUGACGAGAAGGUAAACAGUGUUGCUGGGGCGCGGCUUCCCGGGGUUGUGUUCCAUGCCAUCUUCGAUCCGCCGGUGGCUGUUCCGUACAGCGUAUGGCAUCAUAUCAGCGAGACGGUCGGGAUGGUGUUGGAGCCGGAGACGCUUGUCACGUUUGACGCACUCAGCUUUCCGGUGGAGCCAGGAAGCCAGCACGACCCGAGUGAGCUCCGGACUAUCAGCUGUGACAAGGACGUCUACUUUGUGCCCAAGGGCAGCCGGGACGACGACAAUGCCGCUGCCGAUGUCACUGCUGCAGCUGGCAGCAAGAAGCACCACCACACGCUGUUUGUGUACAAGCCGGUCUACGGACGGUCGGUGACGGAGCUGCCAUUCUCGCAUCCGAGUCAGCUGAUCGACAUGCUGCCAAAGCUGCGGCAGUACGCCUUUCUGUCGACGGUGCUCGAGAAGACAUUUGGCACCAAGAUGGCCAGCAUUGUGCAGGAGCCACCGAAACAGAGCGGCAAGACAGUGGUGACGUCGACGAUCGAAGACGAGUUUACAGCAUUUACGAUGGGAGGCGACGAGACGGGCAAGACGGAUCGCGGUCCGGGAGAGGGACUUUUGGCAGCUACUGCAUCGGGUGACGUGACGUUUGUGGACGUGGUUCUGACAGCCCACCCGGUCCCCCGGCUGCAGGUGGUGUUUCCCUUCCGGGAUGGUACGGCUGACAUCAUGCUGGAGAUUGGGUUGAAUGCACAGGUACGGGUUGUUUCGCAAAACGUCGUUGCAGACGAAUCGGACGGCAGCGAUAGCGGAAAUGGCAGCGUCGGCCGACACAAGGGCAAGGGUCGACGGCUGGACCCCCAGGACCUGGGGCGCAUGCUGGAGGUCUGUGAGGACCUGGGCGUCUGGUGCGAGUGGAUAAGGACCCGGUGUGUGUGA